AUGGCCGAACUCAACCUCGCCGGCGUGUCCCACGUCGACGACUCCCUCAUCGAUCCGCAGCUGGCUGCCCAGGCAGCUCAAUUCUUCAACCCCACUGGCGAAGAACACAAAUUUGACGACGAACUGGCCGCAGCUGCAGUCGCCGCCGCCGCCGCCCACCACCACCAACAACACGGCGACGGCACACUCGGCGCAUCCCUCGUCCAGGGCCUUCAGAAUGUCGGCGUCAAUGUUGGCAUGGCCGGCUUGGGCAGUGUCGGCGGUGUCGGCGUGGAUGUCGCCCCUCCUGCUCCCCUCACUGGCCCCACUGUGAACACGGACACUACUCCCACCGAUGGCGGCACCGACCAGCAGAUUGACAGCAACGAAUCGGCGGGCGGUGCGAUGGGCGUCGCCUCGGCCCAUAUUGCGCCAUUUUCCCGCCCACAGCGCGACGACAGCACCCCCCACCCAGAGAACAUGGCAUUUGCGAACCGCGCCGAGUUUGAGGUUUGGUUCGAAGGCGAGAGCAGCUGGUGCCACUUUGUGCAGCGCCGCACAACGACUCCCGAGAAGCGCGCCGAGGAGCGUCUCCGUGCGCGCAUCAAGGCCCACGAGCGCAUGCUCCAGUCCAUGUCGGCCGAAGAGAUUGCCUCGGCCCCUCCUCUGAAACGUCGUCGCCGCAACCGUACCAGUACGAUCAAGGAGAAGGUGACCUUCACCUGUCACCACGCUGGUCGCUACGAGGCCAAGCACUCGACCACCCUCCCACCCGAGAAGCUGCGCAUGAACACCAAGAAGAGUGUCAAGUGCGACUGCCCCGCUCGCAUUGUCCUCACCGAGAUGGAAGAGGGCGAGUGCAAGGUGUCAUACUUUUGGCGUCACGAGGGCCACGACGCAUACGCCGACGACGAGCUCGAGUCUGGUCGUCUCCCCAAGGUCAUUGACGAGUGGCUGGUCGCCCAGAUCCAGGCCGGAAAGGACACGGACGAGAUCCGCCGCUCGCUCAUGAUGACCGAUGAGGAAAAGACCACGUACCUGCGUGAGAUUGCAGAGGACCCCUCGCGCAUCGACCCCGAGAAACCCCCCGCGCUCGCUCUCACGCUGCGCAUCAAGUAUCCCGACAUCUACAACCGCUACCGCAAACUCAAGGGCCCCAUCAAGGAAUUCAAGCCCCCCAAGAACCCGCGCUCGCGCAAGCGCGCGCUGGGCGAGGACGACGUCAAGACGGACGCGGCCGGGCCCGGGCCCUCGUCUGUCAUCGACAAGUCGGCCGCCGACGCAGCCACCAUGGCUGCCGUCCAGGCCUACCCGCCUGUCGAUGUCAACAUCGACCACAGCCUCGACCACACGUCCGUGGACCACACGUCCGUGGACCACACGUCCGUGGACCACACGCAGUCUCUGGACGCGCACACCCAUGUGCAGGCCCACGUGCAGCAGGAGCACGCCCAUGUCCACACGCACCCUCACGUCGUGGACGGCGGCUUUGCCCUCGGCGACGCCAUUGACAGCAACAUGGCCGGCGAGUUUUUGGGUCACGAGCUCGGCACGCAGGAAGGUCUUGCGCGCGUCCUACUCGCCCUCCCGCGCGCGGGACAUGGCGAGGGCACAGACGCCGACGAACUCAACGCGGCGGUCCUGCGCAUGGCCAACGAGUCGAGCGACAUCAAGGACCGCGAUCAGUGGUCCGGCCUUGCAGGUGUCUGA